CGUUAAAGUAGUUGUGUAUUUUCUGAAAAUGCCACUAAAUAAAACACUCGGUGUUUAAUAGUUGCGUGUAUUAUUUAUAGAAUUAAAUGAGCAGCUAAUCUUGAUUAAAUGCAUCAUAUUUUUUGUUGGUCCGUCUUGUGGCACCAUUGAGGCGGAGGAGGAGGAAAAAAGAGGAGGUGGGCAUCUGGAAGCGCGGCGUCUGCUGCAUAAUUAAAACAUGGCGGAGUCGGAGGAAUUUCGACUCAAACGUUUAAAGCGCGACGAGGAGAUGUCCCGAAUGUUCGAUGAAGUGAUGGGGCUGGGAGAGUUUGCAGACUCCUCCAGAGGUUCUGUGGGUUCCUCCAAGAGCGGCGGUCAGCCAGAAUCAAAGGGACUGGACGAAACUUUAGAACAAGGGGAAAGCCAGCCGCUUGAAGAAGAUAGCAACUCGAGCAGACAAGAGAAAAAGACGGAUGAGGGGACAGGAGAGACAAGUUUUCCUCCCCUCACUUCGUCCGCUUCUGAAAAGCCGUCCUCAUUUAAUAUUGUGAGGAGAGAAAGAGGAGGUGGAGGGAGUGGUGGAGCAGCUUUUGAUGAUGCACUGGAUGGUCUUCCCUCUUAUGGACCUGAGGAGGAGGAUGAGGAGGACUGGCACUAUGCCCUGCCGAUGGGCUCCCUAGAAGAUGUUGAUGUGGGUAAGGCCAGCAAAAUACGUCAGCUUGGUCAGGAAAACAGUGCGUCUCAGAGCAACCCCUUCGACCAAAAACCUGAAGCUGAAGAGGAGGAGCAAGAGAAUGAGGGGAGCACCGAGUCUGCCAACACCUCCCACUCCUCCCAGGACAACACCCCAGAGCACGACAAAGCUGACGGGGGCCUGAACCAGACAGAGGAGACGGAAGACAGCCAACAGGAAGAGACAUCAGGGAACACUCAAUUGGAGGACCGUAAUCCUCCGCCAUCUCCCAAGAUAAACAUAAAGGAUGAGCCGAUUGAUGAAGGCUAUGAUGCUGCUUUGCUUCCUCAGAACCCAACUAAGCAAAUCAAAGAGGAGCUGGAGCAAGAGGAAGAGCUGAGGAUCAGCUCUGUCUUCUCUGUAGGAGGAGGAAACACUUUCACGUCUUCUACCAUGCCUCCAGCUGUUCCGGCCCCGACCACGACGCAUAUUUUAAUCCCCAGCAGAGGGGCCGUCCUGCAGGCCGUGGCUUCCCUCCCAGUUAGACCAGCAGUUUCAGUCCCGACUCCAAUACCCACUUUGACCGCAUUCCCUCCACGCCCUCCUCCACCUGCGGUACCUGGGAGUGUUCGCUGCAGCGGCUGCGCCAAGGUUUUGCUGAAAGGCCAAACAGCUUUCCAAAGAAAAGGCUCAACUCAGCUCUUCUGCUCCACAGUCUGUCUGACCGGGCAUCUUCCACCAAUCUCAAAGGGUCGCGCAUGUUUCCAGUGCAACAGGGAAAUCCUUCAGCCAAGGGACAUGGUCACGGUCCCAGCAGAAAACAGCACAUUCAUGCACUUCUGUGGCCAGUUCUGCCUGUCUGUAUACAGACACAAGAAGAAACAAGGCGAAAAAUUAAUAAUUGAUAAACGACCUGAGAGGAAGCCUGAGAAGCCACCUGAAAAACCAGUGGAGCGUCCAGCUGAAAAACCCUUCUGUGGCGUCUGCAAAUCCACCAACAAGCAGAUUGAGCAUGAAGUCACUUAUCAAGGAAAACUUCACAGACUAUGCAGCGACAACUGUUUCUUAGCCUGGCGCAAACAGCGCCAACUUGCCUUGAACUGCUGCGAAGGCUGUGGGCUUUACUGCAGCAGCAAGUCGGGUUCCUGUCACAUGCUGACCAUUGAAAAGUCUCAGCUCAACUUCUGUAGUUCCACCUGCAUUGGCACCUUUAAACAGAGUUGCAGAAAGACGACAGAGUGUGCCAACUGUCAUAAGACCACCGUGGUGUCUUCUACCAUCAUGGAGCGUGACCACAAGGGUAAAGUUCAACUGUACUGCUCUCCGAUAUGUGUGGAACAGAGUCGGCCUCCCAACCACAGCCUCACAGGUACUUCAUUCCCCUGCGGCCUGUGUAAAGUUUCUGCAGUUCCUCAGUAUCAUCUCGCCAUGGUGGAUGGCACCAUUCGCAGCUUCUGUUCCUUAGCCUGUGUGACCACAUUCAGGAAAUCUCCUCCCACAUCUCAGACUGAUCUUACCAAUGGAACCUCGUCUCUCAGGGACCUUCCCAAUAAGGAUGCUCCAAAGCCGGGACCCACCACCUCAGCCAAUGGGGCAACUGGGGCCACCUCUGUCCCCCCCAUUCCUCAGGAUUAUUCAUCUUCAGUCCCAUACCCAGGACACCACCCCAGUUACACGUCGGUACCCCCUCUAGUGCCUCCGCAUUCGGCCGUGUCCACUCCUACUCUUCCUGGACAAGCUCACGCCAGAUCCCCCCUAGAGCAGCCUGUCAAACUGCUGGAGGACGGGCUGAGUGAUGCCAUUGCUCUGACCUGCUAUCAGUGCAGCAAACAGUUCAGCAACAAGCCGCUGCUAAUCACCCACCAGGGUCGUAUUUUGUUGUUGUGCAGUAAAUCGUGCUGUGAUCAGUACAACACCCAGAAAAAUGUCCUCUCUGUGUGCGACUACUGUAAAGAAGAAAAGGUCCUUUAUGAAGUUGCCAACUUCAGUCAGCAGGACGUGUUCUUUUGCAGUGAAUACUGUAAGCAGUUCUUCAAACAGGAACGCGCCCUGCGCCCUUGCUCCUACUGCUGUGGCCUUGGCCAGAAGAUGAUGCUCAGUCACUAUGGAGGGAAGAUCGAGGAGUUCUGCAAACCUCACUGCAUGUCCCAGUACACGGUGCUCUACUACGGAAUGGGUCGGUGCGACAGCUGCAGGAAGCAGGGCUACAUGAGCGAGAAACUGCAGUGCCUGGGUUCAGUCUGCAACUUCUGCAACAUGGCCUGCCUGUUGCAGUACUGCUGCCUUCAUUUUGAGACGACCCAGCACACCAGCAACGGCAUGGCCUCCGCCCCACCAGUGCCAUCUGCUCCAGCGCAGCCUCAUCACCCCUCGAAGAUGAAUCCUGUCAUUGCAGAUGUCGUCUCUUUAGCCAACGGCUCGGCCUCCCAGCCCAGCGGGUCGGCAGGUACAGCGCUGACCGGAGAGCUUCCAACCUCCAGCAUAGAUGGAAAGAACCUCGAUCAUGCCAGUACUCAGACUGAUGCCAUGCGAGCGCCCGCGCCCCGUCGCCGUCAGAUGAAAAACAAAUCUGUUCUGUGCCGACCUUUCACCAUGGACCAGGAAAUCAUGUGCCAGCUGCCUUCACCUUCCCCUGAACUAGAAGCUGCAGACAAGGAGGAAAACAUAAAGGUGUUCAUGGUUCCAGUACCAGUACCAGUCUUUGUCCCAGUGCCUAUGAACAUGUACUCCCAGCACACGCCUGUUGCCAUGGUGGUACCCAUGCCGAUCCCAGUGCCGAUUGUUGUCAAGCCUCCGACCAAGGAUGUAAAAGAUGCAGCUGUCCAGAUGGAAAAGCUUGAUGAAGAGGAGGAAGAAAAAGAAAAAGAAAAAAAAUCUUCUUCCAGUAUAGAUCAGUGCUGUUCCUGUCAUUCUGGGGAUGUUAAGACUAAAGUCGUCAGUCCAAUAAAGCAAAAUGAAGAGACAGCAGCUCAGACUGAAGUGCUUCAGACUAAUAGCUCAGUGAGGAGCACAGAAGCAGCAGAUCAUGAGACUGAUGACCAACCAGAGACGGGUACAGCUGUCAUCAGUCAUCCUCCCAGCAGCAGCAGCAGAAGGAAAGAUCAUCCCUCCUCUCCUGAGAUGGAUGUGGAAGCUGACCUCCAGCCUGGAUUGUUGAAUCAGAACUGGUCUGUUCAACAGCGAGGAGUUAAGAGACGCAGAGAAGGUUCCUACGGCAGGAAACGGGGUCGAAGGCGAACAAGUUCUGUUGAUCGAAGAGUUUCAGGAACACCUGCCCCCUCCAAGCUGAACCAUCUGUACGGGGUCAAAGCCUGGUCGAGCUGGAUCCGACAGAGCAACAAGCAGCCAACACAAUCCAGUCGAGUGGUUUUCAAAGAGGACAUCGUUCAGUGCAGCUCCGCUGAGCUGAGCUUCGCUCUGACCCGUUUCAUCAGAGAGGUCCGGCGGCCGAACGGAGAGCCCUACAGCCCGGACAGCAUCUUCUACCUCUGUCUGGGAAUCCAACAGCAUCUGUUCCUGCGGGGGCGGAUAGAAAACAUUUUCACAGAUGAGGUUUACAGUCAGUUUGGCAGCGAGCUCAGCAGGAUGCUUCAACUUUGGAAACCAAAGCUGCAACCAAAUGGUGGGAUCGUUCCCUCUCGCAUCGAAGAGUCUUACCUGUGGGAGUGCAAGCAGCUGGGUGCCUACUCACCCAUAGUGCUGCUCAACACGCUGCUCUUCUUCUGCACCAAGCACCUCCGCCUCACCACGCUGGCAGAGCACCAACGUCUGUCUUUCUCCAACUUCACCCGGCGCUUAAAACCCCAAGGCACAGCCAGAAAUGUUUACCUCCAGUACGAGAGAAGCAGCACAGAGACAUCUGGCUCUGAGCAGAAAGAGCAUCAGGUAGGGAGCAACGGAGAGAUGUGGGAAAACGCAGCCAACCCCCUGCAGUGUCCCGUCCGACUCUAUGAGUUCUACCUCUCCAGAUGCCCAGAGUCUGUAAAGAAUCAAAGCAGCUCGUUUUACCUCCGGCCUCAAAGGAACGUCCACACAAGCAGGUCAGGCAGCUCCUCCUGGUACUCGUCCCAGCCGCUGGACGCCUCCACCCUCCAGAGCAUGCUCACUCGCAUCUUGGCAGUCAGGGAGGUUCAGCAGGAACACGAGCAAUCAGCUGCAGCCGAGGGACUCUCUCAGUCGUCCGUGUGACAGAAGAGACCAACAUUUCAUGGACAUUUUAAGUGUGUUUUGCUGUUAUUCCACUGUUUGGAUGUUUUAUUUUUAGAUUAUAUAUAUAAUGAAGAGCUGUUGGCUCUCUUUGUUUCAGUGCUUUCUCUGGAGAAACUUUGAAUCUUCCUCAAGGACACUUGUUAUUUCAAAUGGAAUUAAUUCCUGAUAUGAUUCAGCACAGAAAAGAUACACAUGUCAAUAGUUAGAAAUGGGCAACACUUUUUCUUAGUGCCUCUUUUUCAUUCUCACAUCCUAUUCUGUUCUCUUUUAAGCUCCUUGUGGCCUUUCAUAGCUAACAUUGUUAAUUGGCUGUUUUAGUUGACUGUGUACUUUUAUUCGCAAGAUUUAGUUCAGUGACAACAUUGAGCUCUUUCCAUUUUCAUAUUCAAUAUGCAAUGUUCAGUUCCUGUUCAUAAAUUACAGACAUCCACCUUUCCUGUAAAUGUUUCUGUCAUCAAAUGUCUUUGCAUCUGUUUGUGAACUCAUUACAACUGAAGCCCCAAAGAGUUUAAUUUGUUUCAGACACAGAAAGCUGUGAUGCUAAGAAAUAACAAAACAUGCUAACAGAUUACAAUCAAUAUCUGUGGCUAGUACCAUAAAAAUAUUAAAGAACUGUUGAAAGAUA